AUGACGAUGAAAUCCUUUGUCUCUUCGUCUUCGUUUUUAUCUUUCUCGAAACCUAUUACGAGUGCGACUAAAACGAUUACUACAAAUGGAGGAAGACGAAGGAGGACAACGGCGACGAGAAAAAGAAUCAUCCGCGCGAAUUCAAUCGACGAACUGACCGGAGGGACCACGGUUGGCGUGGACGAUUCGUUACAGAGAAUGAUACGAGCGACGAACGAGCUCGACAGAAGGUUUCGAUCGGGAUUACCAUUCGUGGACUGUUCGUCGGAAGAAGGAGUUGUUUCUGUUCCUUUGGCGAAAGAGUGCGAGUACGAAAACGACGUGUACGCGGUGCGAGGGAAGAAGGAAGUGGCGAGUUUAAUGAAACACUGGUCUUCGAGCGACGACGAGAAGAAGAAGAAAUCUAAAUUUGAGUUUCAGUUCGAAACGUUGAGAAGCGCGUCGGUCGAACCCGGGAGUUUACUGCUUCAGUGGAAAGCGACGUGGAAACCGGAAAGCGCGAAGAAGAGAAAGUUUACGAACACGCUUCUGGAAAAAGCGAAACCGUCGGAUAGCAUCGUGAGUUUGAAGAAGAAGAUGGAUAGGGCAGUUUUCUUAGCGACGGAAGAGGAAUUGGAGAAGGAGAAAGAGGACGAUCCGUUCGGGUCGGUGUAUAUUUACGGAGUGACGACGUAUAAAGUGAACGGGAAAGGCGAGAUUGUGAGGAGGGAGGACAAAGUCGAUUGGAGGUUCGCCGAUAACGGAACGGAGGAGUUUAAGCCGAAGAAAAGUAGAAAUAAUAGGUGGAGCAAUAGAAAUCAGAAGAGUACUAGUAGUAGCAGCAGUAGCAAAAUGUCACCGGAACGCGCGGAGUCUUUGCAAAAGUUAGGGUACAACGCGGUGUCGUCUUCGUCCUCCUCGAAAACGGAAGACGGCGCGAGUGGCAACGACAACGACAACAACAACAACAAUAAUAACAACUCGUGGGCGGGCGACGAAGAGGCGGAUUUUUACGACGAUUUGGAGGCGAAAAGAAUGGCGGAAGAUAUCGCGGCGACAAUGUUUUAUAACGCAUUAUCGCCUCCAGAUGUUGGCGAAUGGUCGUGGUUUUUAGACACGGUUGUUGAGUUGGAGUACCAAUCGUUCACCAAAGCUAUGGGCGACGAAAGCACGGGGAUGUUAUCGAAAGACGAAUUCGUCAAAUACGUUUUAGCGGUAGCCACGUUUGGUUUUUUCGUGCCGACGUUGUUGAUUUGCUAUGCCACGUGGCAGAUAUUCACCGGCGGCGGGAUGAUGGGAGAAGACGGAGGCUUAUCGCAAGCGGCUUUGGACCAGAUGGACCCGUACGAUCGAGCGGAGUAUCUCUCGAUGAGAGAGAAGGAAUUGAACCAACAAAAGAAAGUGCAAGCGGGUGCGGUCGCGGGCGAAUCCGCGGCGGCGCAGUCUGCUUCACCUUCUCUCGCCGCACCACCUCCGCAAAUACAACGAGAACAACAACAACAACAACAACAACAACAACAACGCGCGACGACCGAUGAUGAUAUCCCGGCGUGGGGAACGCAAGUAUGGCUCGAUAUCAUCCGAGGACGCGUUGGAGCAUAA